UAAUUCAUUUCUUUAUAUGUAAUAUCGAUCUCACGUUCUUCUAUUGUUGUCAUGCUCUUCUAUUAGUAUUUGCAAUAGCACUUUUGUUGAGCGCAAUGUCAAUGUCUCUGCAGGAUAUCCUCGUUGCUUUGCUAGCUAAAGUACCAGCAUGAUGGUACCACACCCUCUCUCUCCUUGCUUCGGGAAUGAGGACCCAUACGACCUCCGCCCCUGAACGCGCCCUUCCCUCAAUUCCUCGUUGGCAUGAUCAUUGUCGUCGUGGUUGUCAUUGUCGGAGGGUCGGAGUUCAUUGUGCCACAAGUGCAUUCCGAGUGCCGACGACGCCAAUUGCUCGUUACAAACCUGGGACCAGUUGCGAAUCGUUCUGUGAAAGCGACAGUGACAUUUCCCGGAGCGAAGGCUUGGCCCUUGCAAGUCUCGAGUGGUAAAAACGUCAUAAAAAUACAUGUCUGUGUGCAUUUGCAAGAUGAUACGGAAUUUUCAUGACAUAAAGAGUAGUUCGUAAUUCACAUUCGUAUCACGAAUCCCUUUGAAUUCAUCUCUUUGAAUUUUACAAAAGAUAUAUAACGCGAAAAGAGAAGUGUAUAUCUCCUAUAAAUUUUUAAGUAUGGGCAACAUGGUGUUCUAUCUUAUCUAACUCGUUAUUUUGUGUUAAAAAGAAAUAUAGUGAAAACAUAAUUUAAUUUUUAUUUUAAAUGGCACAUUAUGUUUUUAAUAAAAAUUGCGGAGAACGUAAUGCGUUGAAACUAACGUAAAAGUAAUACAACAUUUAAGGAAUUACACGGAUUGAAUCAAAAACUGCAGUAGAUAAAUUUUUUCUUCCGUCUGGCUAAUGAUAUACGAGAAGAUGGAAAUGUCACUUUUACUCAAACAACGUCAACUAUUACAAUUCUUUCGAUGUAGGUUAAUCUGAAAAAAUUGUAUUUGAAACACGAAACUCAAAUACUUAUAUUGUACUAAUAGUAAUUUUUUCUAGAUCUUGAAAUGAAUUUCUCGGAGAUUUUGUGGAUCUUCAUUCUGAUCAUGAUCUUUGAGACGGUGUCUCUUUCCAGCUCGUUCACUGGGGACCACGUGUGUUCAAGGGUUGAAAAUUAUACAGUAACAUCGUACGAGACUUACACCGAACCAGUCAUAGUCAACACAUUCACUUGGUGCCUACAAAUUCCCCCAAGAUGUCCCAAGACACGGACCGAGCUACGACAACGAUACCGUAUAAAGAUGGAGAAGAAAUCAAAAACUAUAAAAGAAUGCUGUGAGGGAUACAAAAUGCUGACUACUCAUGAUGAUAUAGAGACGGAUGCGAGGUGUUUACCGUUUUGCGAAAAAUGUCUGAUGGGUGUAUGUAUCGGACCAAACAAAUGUCAAUGCAAUCCUGGAUAUCACGGAGAUGAUUGUGCCCAUGGAUGCCCUAUAGGAACCUGGGGUCUAUACUGUACGAAAGUAUGCAAGUGCGAUAAAAAUUACAUCUGUAAUCCUAUAAAUGGCGCUUGUCAAUGUUCUCCAGGAUUGCAAGGACCUCAGUGCCAAGAACAUUGUAUGAUCGGCCAAUGGGGUCCAGAUUGCGCAAACAACUGCACAUGUCAAAACCGAGACAAUAACUGCGAUGCCGUAACCGGGAAAUGCACAAAGGAUGACGCCUCUUUAGUCGAACAAACGUCACCCGCUUAUUUGCAAAACUCUACUACUGAACGCGUACAAACACGCAAAAUUAGUAACAUGGAGUACACAGAAGUUAUCUCGGCGCCGCAUGAGACUACCGAGCGCCAGACAGAAGAUGACAGUUGGAAUGACACAAAUUAUAUUCGGGAAACAACAAGUCCGGCAACUGCUUCGAUCGCGAUCCCUCCUCAGAAAGCAACAACAAACGGAACGCGAAUAAAGAAUCUUUCGACCACUGCUCGACCUGUAAUUGUACUGGUCUCCGUUCCCGAACGCAGAAGGGACAUCGAAAAAGAUAGGCAAAAUUUUGAAACGAAGAAUGCGUUUCUCAAACACGUACAAAAUGACGAAAGUAUCAGCGUACCAAAUAUCAAUUAUGUAAAAACCGUUCAUAAAGACGACAUUCAGACAUCUGCGCCAAUUCCAUUAGACAUCGCUCUAAUCGUCGUGGCUGCGAUCGUCUCCCUCGGUCUGACCUCGCUCGCGGUGGUUAUGGUUCUCCACAUGCGUUCCAAACUGUUCGAGACCGUUCGUCUUGCCGUUUACGACGACGAGAAAACCAAGAUCCAAGAACGCGAAAGCGUGAACACCGGAAGAUUGUCCACAGUGGUGAACGCUAGCCUGCCUCCACCUCCGAUUCGUGUGAAUCCCAUAUUUGCUACUAGUACGGAACCGGAAACGAUAUUGACUGUCGACGGCAUUGAGUCCUUGAAUACUUAUGCUAAUGGCGCUGCUACAAUCGGUCUGCGAAUUUCCGGUAAUCUUCGUGAUCUAUUACAAGAUAGCCAUUACGAUCGACCAUCAGCAACUCUGAUACGUCUGCAGACCAACUUUGACCAUAACACGGAGCAUGUAUACGAUGAAAUACCUUUACAAACCACUCCCCUAUCAAAUCGCAAGGAUAUGUGACGAAGACAUUAUUCAUUACAUUCAUGUCAAGUCCACCUGUAGUUAAUAGUGCAAUAUUGUCGUAAGAAAAAUAUUAAGCAAUUUUAGAUAAAACGCGAUCUGUUAUGAACAAAUAAUUCUAUUGAAAAAUACGUGAAAACUGGUUUCCGACUUUACGUAUAGCCUUGAAGGCUGAACGUGAUUGUAACUGAGUGGAUAAGCAGAAAAACAAAUCGUUUAAGCAUCAUACUGUCAAUGACCGCCGAUAGAAUUUAACCAGUGGAGCGUGCAACUUUCUGAAUCAACUAUUUCAACGGAAUGACGUCAAACUGAGAGAGAGAGAGAGAGAGAGAGAGAGAGAGAAUGCACUAGAUUACGAUUGCGAGCGAAUGCACAAUUAGGUGGAAAGCGCGAAAUAAUAGAGUCCCGUAUAACGAGCGAGAAAUUACAGCGUGCCGACAUACUCUAUCAUUAUCCAGAUAGAAUUAAACAUUUGUAUAGUCGAUGCCAAUCUAUCUUGUUUACGAAUAAAUAGAUGCAUAAAUAAA